AUGAUGCCACCCGAAAUGCCUCAAGAUGCUGCAUCGUUAAUUUCUGGCUUACUUACAUUUAAUCCAACUGAGCGCCUUGGAUCACGUGGUGCUCGUGAACUUCGCGAUCAUCCGUUUUUUGCGGGCGUUUCGUGGGAUGGAUUGAUGCGGCGUGAGGUGACACCACCAUGGCAUCCAGUUGUACACGAUGAACUGGACGUUGGCAAUUUCGAUGCAGAAUUCACGUCAGAGCCUGUCGUUGAUAGCGUGUGCACGCACCAAUCGAUGGUACUUAAUUCGACAUUUACUGACUUUACAUUUAACCCUAGUAUCUCGGAAUGCAAUAAGGUUUAG